GCGAAUGUGUAACACUAUCGAACAAUGUAUCCACACACAGCCGCACUUGAAGGAGCAUCGUCAUUUAUCAACAACAACACAUCUAAAAUUUUCCCAUCUAACAAACAAAAAUACCCACAACACAUUCCCGGAAAAUCUACCACUUUCCUUCUGCUACAAAUUUCCACUGAUGUGGGGAUUAUCGUCAUCCCCUCCUCCCCUUUCAACCAUGCUUUAGUUGAUUCCACAAACCGGGAAUUCGAUCUUCCCCGAUUAGAUUUCAUCUUGAAAAAAUGGAGCAAUUUCGUCAGAUUGGAGAGGUGUUGGGAAGUUUAAAGGCGUUAUUGGUGUUCCGAGAUAACAUUCAAAUCAAUGAGAGACAAUGCUUUCUGUUAUAUGAUGUCUACAACUCUGCUUAUGAUUCAAUAGCAGAGGAGAUGAGACUUAAUCUGAGAUUCGAAGAGAAGAACACGAAUAAGUGGAGAAUUCUUGAGCAGCCAUUAAGAGAGGUCUAUGGAGUUUGUAGAGAAGGAGAAGCUUAUGUUAAACAAUGCUUAGAAACCAAAGAUUGGUUGGCGAAAGCCCUUUUACUCCAUCAUAAUUCCGAUUGUGUUGAGCUUCACAUCCACAAUUUGCUUUGUUGCAUUCCAAGUGUUUUCGAAGCAAUCGAAAUGGUUGGAGAGAUAUCUGGUUCUGAUCAAGAUGAGAUACAAAAGAAGAAACGUUUGUACCAUGGAAAAUAUUUGAAAGAUUACAGAGAUUGGAAGCUUUUUCAGUGGAAAUUUGGUAAGCAAUAUUUGGUUAGUCAAGAAUUUUGUAACAGGUGUGAGAUGGUUUUGAAAGAAGACAAAUGGGUUAUGCUCAAUAGAAUCAAAGACAAGAAAAUCUUAGGCUUGAGUAAGAAUGAGCAGCGUCUUUUAGAUUUUCUUUUCGAAAGCUUUGAUGGGUCGGAGCCUUUCAAUGGAAAGCUCUUACCACUUUCAAUCCUACUAAAAUCCAAAGACUACCAAGUUAGGAGAAGGUUGGGUGGUCGAAGUCAAUACAAAGAGAUCAUUUGGUUUGGUGAGAGCUUUGUCACAAGACACUUCUUAGGUGAUCCUGAGCCUUUAUUGCCUGACAUUUCUUCAUUGUUGUCUCUCUCACACCCCAAUAUAAAUAACUUUCUUUGUGGUUUUGCUGAUGAGGAAAAGAAAGAGUGGUUUUUGGUUAUGGAGCUUAUGAGUAAAGACCUUCUCAGCUACAUCAAAGAGAUUUGUGGCCCGCGUAAGCGAAUUCCAUUUUCGCUUCCUGUUGCAGUUGAUCUAAUGCUUCAGAUUGCAAGAGGAAUGGAAUAUCUCCACUUGAACCGAAUCUACCAUGGAGAUUUAAACUCUUCUAACAUACUUGUUAGAGCAAGAGCAAGUAGUAAUAUCUUCACAGAAGGGAACUACUUGCUUGCAAAAGUUUCGGGUUUUGGCUUAGCUUCUGUAAGGAGCUCUACAAAUCAGAAUGAAACUUUUCCAUUCAUUUGGUAUGCUCCAGAAGUUUUGGAGGAGCAAGAACAGACUGGACAUGCUGAGAAUUCCAAGUACUCGGAAAAGGCAGAUGUUUACAGCUUUGGAAUGGUUUGCUUUGAGCUUCUAACUGGGAAAGUUCCUUUUGAGGAUGGUCAUCUCCAAGGAGACAAAAUGAGCCGAAAUAUUAGAGCUGGAGAAAGACCAUUGUUCCCUUUUCAGACACCAAAAUAUGUGACUAAUUUUACUAAGAAAUGUUGGCAUGCUGAUCCAAAGCAAAGGCCAAGCUUCUCAUCCAUUUGCAGGAUUCUUCGGUACAUGAAAAGGUUCAUAUCAUUGAAUCCUUUUGACUACAACAACCAGCAAGACCCUCCAGUGCCACUUCUCGAUUACUUUGACAUCGAGUCAAGCCUUCUUAGAAACUCAACUUCUUGGGGAUGCCCUGAUCAGUUCUCAUCAAUAUCACAAAUCCCAUUUCACAUGUUUGUUUAUAGAAGUUUGGAGAAAGAAAAAACAAAUUCAAGCUCAAAAGAUACCUCUGAAGAAUCAGGAAGUGAUGCAGCUUCGAUCUGUGGAGAUGAAGGAGUGAAUAUAAUUGAUGAUACAUUGCCAUCAGCACAAGAAAGGAAAUCUUUAACUUCAUCUGAUAGCAUGAACAAGAGACUCUCAAUCUCCAAGAAACCUUCAGAUGCAAAAACAAAGAAACCAGGUACAAUAACACGAGCACAAUCGCUUAAGCCUCCACAAAUAAAUCCUAACAGGAGAAGUAUGCGAAGAAAUUCAGAAAGCCAGCUACUUAUGAUAAGUCCAAGACUAAAAAGAACAUCAUCUGGGCAUGCCUCAGAUUCGGAGCUCCCUUAGAUCUUUGUUUUACAAAAAAUACAGAACAGUUUCGGUUUCAGUCGAAAUCUGAGAUAUGAAAGACGAAAAGCAAAAAAAUGUAUAUUUCUAAUUGAAUAUAUGCAUUGACAUCAUACUUUAGAGAACCAAAGAUGUAAAAAAAAAAAAUCACUUCUUAUGAUAACAUCUGAACACAGCAGAAGUUUCCUUCUUGGUAUGUAAUUUGUGGCCUUUGUUUUUUCUUCCUUUCUUUCUUGAGCAGCAACAUUUCUAUUCUGGUAUGCAGAUGUUUGAGGGCCAUAUCCUAAGUUGCC